CGAGAAUCAAGAAUAAAAGAAAACAUUUUUAAAUUAAAUUAUUAUAAAUAUAAUAUUUUUGAUAAACUUAAAGCAAACCGUAUCACCUAAAUUUGGAGAAAGAGGGAGUAUGAUCGCGCCGGCGAAUUGGUCUCCGAUCAGCGAAUUUGAGUCCUAAAGCCAUGAAGAGGGUCCUGUCAUUUAAUGAACCCGUGGAUAUCUCGUCAGAUGAGUCAUCAGAUGACCAUGAAGCAGAAAGUGAGCAGAUGAGCAACGAUAUUACCGGCAAUCAAGUUGUUGAAGAACUUGUUUCUGAAGGUACUAAGAUUAUGUGUGAUCAUUUAGACACGGUUAAGUGUGAAAGCGAGCUGAUGAGCGACAAUUUCAACAUUGGUCAAGGAGUUGAAGAACUUUUUUCUGAAGAUGCAUUACUCAGAAGAGCGAGAAUGUACCAAGAGUACAUGCAGCAUGUUCCUAUCCCCGCAGAGAGGCACUCCGUGAUUCCUUGCACCUCAUGGACAGGACUAGCUGCAUCACUUAAGAAUUUAUAUGGGCAACCAUUGCAUUACCAGACCAACCUCUGCAUGAAGCAGUGGGAUCAAAUGAGGAUUGGGGCCGAUAACGAAGAAGAUCCCUUGGAUAUGCUCAUCCAUCCGGCAAAAGCCGAAUCAAGCAUCUGGCUUAUGGAAGAAGUUAACAGGCGUACUUCGUCUCCUCAUUACAUUGCCAAGCUCUGGCUUGCUGAUCCCAUGUAUCAUGUUUAUAUUGAUCCAAUUUUCCCAAAGUUGCAGAACCCAUCCAAAUAGAUUCUUCUGCAAAUACCAAUCCAUCCGAUGGACGUGGUCUAGAAUCCCGAAUCUCUAGUUUUUUAGAAAGAAAAAAAAAAAUCCCAUCUCCAUCAGCUUCCCCAAGACAAAUUAUGUUUAUUUUGAAAAAAAAAUUAUGCUGCUUUUGAGUUUA